AUGGCCUACAACUUUCCCAGCACGAUCAGCGCAGCACGGAUAUCAACCUUCAUCAGCACAGCCGCCUGGAUUCAGGGCACUGUCGCCACAGCCGGCGACGUCUGGCUGCCCGAUGAUGCACUCAACAACUUCCUGCAACGCCAAAGCCGAGCCGUCCUGUCUCGGCGCGAUGACAACAACGGCACAGCACCCGCCCCCGGCGGUGUCGCCCCGCCAGAGUCUGAAGACUCCUCAGUGGGCGAUGAAGAGUCUCUAGACUCGAGCGACUCGUCCGCCGACGGCGAGUCCGGGGCCGCCGAUGGAUCCGGCAUUCAUCCAACGAUCUGAGAGCCGCCAGUCAGGCGCAGGCUUCGUGAUGCGUGCGCAGCCUCAGGAC